AGAGAGAGUAGGCUAUAUAUAUAACAGUUACUAUGUAGCAUGUUCUCUAUCACCCUCUCCCUCUUCCACAGGAAAUAGGAAAAAAAAAAGAAAAAAAAAAGCUCUCUUUUUUUUCCUUUUUUUUCUUUAUUUUUUUUUUCCAAAUCCCCAAAUUCUCCAUCUCUUCCCUUUCGGCGCAGAAAUCGAAGGAAAAAAACAAAAAAAAAGGAAAAAGGUUUCAUCUUUCUCCUCUUCAUACUCAACUCAGAAUCCAAAAGAGUGUAGUAUUAGAAAGAUUGGAGAAAAAGGAAAGAGCCCAGCAAGGAGGAGGGAAAGAACCGCUUUUUCGGAACAAGUGAUAUAGAAUCGAAAUUUAGAUUUAAGUUGUGAACUUUAUGAUAUAAUGUCGGGUUAUGUUGGGGUCCUCGUCUCUGAUCCUUGGCUCCAGAGCCAAUUCACUCAGGUUGAGCUCCGAGGAUUCAAAUCCAAAUACCUCUCCAUCAAGGAGGAGUCGGGACGAGUUCUUGUUGCGAAUUUGCCGCCAUUGAUGGCAAAACUAAAAGGACUCAGCGAUGUGCUGACGGAGAAGGAGAUUUGUUCAUUGUUGGAUGAAUUGUACGCUGACACCAAUAACGAGAUCGAUUUCGAGGCGUUUCUUCGGACGUACUUGAAUCUACAAGCAAGAGCAGUUGGCAAAUUGGGUGGUGCGGAGAACUCCUCGGCUUUUUUGAAGGCUACCACGACUACACUCUUGCACACGAUUAGUGAAUCCGAGAGGGCUUUGUAUGUCGCACAUAUUAAUAGCUAUUUGCGGGAUGAUCCCUUUUUGAAGAAUUUUCUCCCUUUAGAUCCUGCCACAAAUGAUCUUUUUGAUUUGGCAAAGGAUGGUGUACUUCUUUGCAAAUUGAUUAAUGUGGCGGUGCCGGGGACUAUAGAUGAGAGGGCGAUCAACACAAAACGGGUAUUGAACCCGUGGGAGAGGAACGAGAACCACACUCUUUGCCUCAACUCUGCGAAAGCUAUCGGGUGCACGGUCGUCAACAUCGGAACACAGGACUUGAUCGAAGGAAGGCCGCAUCUGGUUCUUGGUUUGAUCUCUCAAAUUAUAAAGAUACAACUAUUAGCAGAUCUCAACUUGAAGAAGACGCCUCAACUGGUGGAGUUGUUGGAUGAUAGUAAGGAUGUGGAGGAACUCAUGAGUCUACCGCCGGAAAAAAUGUUAUUAAGAUGGAUGAACUUUCAUCUGAAAAGAGCUGGUUACAAGAAGACGAUUACAAAUUUCUCAUCAGAUGUUCGGGAUGGAGAGGCUUAUACCUAUCUUCUCAAUGUUCUUGCACCUGAGCAUUGCACUCCAGCAACAUUAGAUACGAAAGACCUGAGUGAAAGGGCAAAACUAGUUCUCGAUCACGCCGAGAAAAUGAAUUGCAAGAGAUAUCUAACCCCAAAAGACAUCGUUGAGGCCUCAUCGAAUCUCAACCUUGCUUUUGUUGCACAAAUAUUCCAUCAGAGGAAUGGCCUCUCCACAGACAACAAAAAGAUCUCUUUUGCGGAUAUGAUGCCUGACGAAGUUCAAGUGUCUAGAGAAGAAAGAUCCUUCCGCUUAUGGAUUAAUAGUCUUGGAAUUGCCACAUACGUCAAUAAUUUGUUUGAGGACGUCAAAAACGGCUGGGUUCUUUUGGAAGUACUUGACAAAAUAUCGCCCGGAUCGGUUAAUUGGAAACACGCAACGAAACCUCCCAUCAAGAUGCCAUUUAGGAAAGUCGAGAACUGCAACCAAGUUAUUAGGAUCGGCAAACAAUUGAAGUUUUCCCUUGUUAAUAUCGCUGGAAAUGACAUUGUGCAAGGAAAUAAGAAGCUAAUACUUGCUUACUUGUGGCAGUUGAUGAGAUCCAACAUAUUACAGCUUCUAAAGAACUUGAGGUCCCAUUCUCAAGGAAAAGAGGUUACAGAUGCCGAUAUACUGAACUGGGCUAAUCACAAAGUGAAGAGCUCGGGAAGAACUUCUCGGAUUGAAAGUUUCAGGGAUAAAACUUUCUCGAAUGGGUUGUUUUUCCUUCAACUUCUGAGCUCUGUGGAGCCGAGGAUCGUCAACUGGAACAUUGUCACCAAAGGCGAAACUGAUGAAGAGAAGAGGCUAAAUGCGACGUAUAUAAUUAGUGUGGCAAGAAAGCUUGGCUGCUCCAUCUUCUUAUUGCCCGAGGAUAUCAUGGAGGUAAACCAGAAGAUGAUCCUCACCCUCACUGCCAGUAUCAUGUACUGGAGCCUGCAGCAGACAUCCGACGACUCGCAACGCUUCGACGCCUCAACUGAAGAUACCAAUUCACAGAAAGCUCAAUCUGAUCUGUCCACCACGUCCGACAGCGAAGACGGGAGUGUUAUUGCAGACAGCGUCUCGACCCUGACCAUCGAUGAUUCUGCUUCCGAAACCUCGCAAGCAGAAGGCGGAGGCGGCGGACUAGUCGGUGGAUGAGACAUCUUUGAUGGUACUGACUGCACUGAAGUCGAAUUUUCCGAUACAACGCGGAGAAUAAUGUAUAUUUUUUUGUGUUGAAAGGCUUAUAUCAUGAAGAGUAAAUUGCAGAACUCCCCUUAUGAAUGUUGCGAUUUUCGUUUUGCCCCUCCGAAAUGUUCAAAUCCAUAUCGGAGGGGGGGCAAUGUGAAAAUCGGUUUAUUUAUAAGGUGUUUUCUGCAUCUCACCCCCCAAAAAAAGGAAAAAAAACUUCUUUUUUUUUUUUUUUACUCUCUCUCUCUCUCUUCUUUUUAUUUUUAUUUUUUUUCCUUUUUAACUUGCAAAUAUACCAUGUAUCUUGUGCAUUUAAUACAUGGAAUAAAAUAGAAUAAAAUAGUUAUCUCA